GUUAGACCAGGAAAUCGGAAAGAAGCAGUAGUUGUUUAUUUAUUACUUUGUGGUUUUGGGACAUUCUCACUUUGGAUUAGGUCUUUUUGAUUGCCAUGUUGUUAUAAUCAAGAUCUCUCAUUCUGAUCACAACAUGGAGCACUGCAUGGAAUUCGGGUAAAAGCCAUAGCAUUGAUUGCAAUCCAUCAGUACGAUAUGUGAAACGCAUCAAGUAUCACGAGGAUUCCGUCGUCCAGAUUGAGAAUCUGUGGGGCCGAGGGGCGAUCAUGGCUGGAUUACCACUGGAUAAGUCUAUACUCAAAGUCUACUUGCCUAAUGGUGGCUUCAAUGUCGUCAAGUGUGGUGAUGCCACAGAAGUCAAGGACAUUGUGAAUGUUGUUGUUGGGCGGAUAGGUUCAAAUCUUGGUAGCGCUCUCGAUAACAAUGACAUUGUUAACGUAGUUGUCGGACGGAUAGCCUGUGGAGAGAGAAAAUGCAAAGAACUGUACGCUUUAUUCCUGCGCCAUGCCCCGACCAAGGAGGGGUGUUGGUUACACAGCGACCUCACCAUGUACCAAGUGCGGCAGAAGUAUGAGUCAGCACACCCGGAUGAUGAAUGGAGGUAUGAAUUACGGAUACGAUACUUACCCCGUAGUUUUAAAGAUAUGCUCGCCAAAGACAAAGUCACAUUCUUUUAUUUUUUUGAUCAGUUAUGGACAGAUUACAUUGCCAAGAUAGCAGAUACAGUUGACCACGAUAUAGCAGUGCGAUUAGGGUGCUUAGAAAUUCGCCGUUUCUUCAAAGACUUGCAACAAUCGGCACUGGAGAGGAAGUCCAACAUGGAAUACUUAGAGAGGGAUGUUGGCCUCAAGCGAUUUCUUCCCUUGUCAGUCAUAGAAAACACAAAACCGAAAGCUCUCAGGAAGCAGAUCCAGCAACAGUUCAAGCAAUGUUCUCCACUCAAGGAUGACGAAUGUGUUCUCAAGUUCUUUGAAACGUUAUUGACUGUCCACAAAUUUAACCAGGAAAAAUUUAAGUGUGCUUUGGGGUCUGGCUGGAUAUCAGUGGAUCUUGUGAUAGGUCCAAGUGUUGGAAUAAGCUACCUUACAGAAAAAGCAACAUCGCCGACCCACAUGGCUGAUUUCAGCCAAGUCCAAGCGAUCCAGACGUCUGCUAGUGAGAGUGAUCUGAAGGGCAUCUUGCAGCUGAAGAUAGCUGGAGCAGCUGAACCCCUCACCAUAACGUGUCCCACGCUGGCUGUGGCUGAAGACAUUGCUAACCUCAUUGAUGGGUACUGUCGGCUUGGGGAUCCAUUAAAGAUGUCAUUUUGGAAACGGAAAGCUACACGGACCAGGCACUUCUCCUUAGAAGGAGAGAGUCUUCCAAGAACCCCUCGCCAGAGUGUCCAGCGCUCAUCCAGUAGUUCUAGUCGUAGAGCAAGUGGCUCGUCAAGUCCAACAGAAAAAUUCUCAGACUAUGCAGAAAUUGUUGAAGAAGAGGGCGACUAUUCCACGCCAGCUGGUGAGAGAAUCCGCGACAUCAUGUCAAUCAUGGGCCUGCGUCAUUUACUUGAGCGCAGCAGAGCUCGAGAUUAUGAGAUCAUGCGAGGUGACAUAGAGUUGCAAGAGAUCCUAGGCGAGGGCCAGUUUGGAGAUGUACAUAAAGGUGUCUAUAUGGGAAGGGAUGGUCGUAAUCUAGCAGUAGCAAUCAAGACUUGUAAACUCGACAAUGAGGACAGUAUGGCUGAUAAGUUCCUUGAGGAAGCAUUUAUAAUGCAGCAGUUUGACCAUCCACACAUCAUCAAACUGAUCGGCGUGUGCACGGAGAGUCCGAUAUGGAUCGUGAUGGAACUGGCCAAGCUGGGAGAAAUGCGUGCAUACCUUCAGAACAAGAAGCAUCACCUCAACCUGGCCACUCUCAUCAUGUUUUCGUAUCAAUUGAGCACAGCACUCUCCUACUUAGAAAGUAAAAAGUUUGUGCAUAGGGAUAUUGCAGCCAGAAAUAUACUUGUAUCUUCCCAAGACUGUGUCAAAUUAGCUGACUUUGGCUUAUCUAGAUGGGUGGAUGACCAGAGUUAUUAUAAAGCCUCCAAAGGAAAGCUACCGAUCAAAUGGAUGGCACCAGAGUCCAUCAACUUUAGAAGAUUUACUACUGCUAGUGAUGUGUGGAUGUUUGGUGUGUGUAUGUGGGAGAUUCUCAUGUACGGUGUGAAACCAUUCCAAGGGGUGAAGAAUAAUGAUGUUAUUGGGAAAAUUGAGAAUGGCGAGCGACUCCAACUGCCCGACAGCUGCCCUCUGUCACUUUACAAGCUGAUGUGUCAUUGUUGGUCCUACGAGCCUUCCUUGAGACCUGCAUUUAGUGAACUAAAGGGCAGAUUGCAGGAAAUUCAUAUAGAGGAGCAAUAUCAAAUGGAGGAAUCGUCGAGACGAGACCAUCGACGGGUGCUAGCUAUGUCAUGGGUCUCAAAUGGAUCAGAGGAUGAUUUACCUCCACCUAAGCCUCCCAAGCCCAGCUUCAUGUCGUCAUCAGCGUCUGGUUCAACGCCCAACCUCCACGUGAACAAUAGUCUUUCUACUCCACCCAACUGGGGCAGCACAUCACAUCUCCUGGCUGGCAACAACCACAACCUGGAUGAUGCAAUCGGUGCUAGUGCUGCUAGUGGGCCGAUCUAUGCUACGACAAACGCCCACCGUGGUGGCUACCCCAACAACAUUCCUUCAGGUUAUGCAAUGGCGCAUAACAGCAGCGGUAAUAGUAGUGGUCACCAGACACCACCACUUGGACGAUCCCUUACCCACGAGGAAAGAGAUGAAUUGGAGCGAAACCAACUGCACCAUCAACAGAGAAUGGAAACGCUCGAAAAGCGACUCUUAGAACAAAGAUUACAAAUCCAGCAGCAACAAUCAAAAGAAGAUUCCCGAUGGUUACGAAUAGAAGAAGAGAAAUUGGUACCUGUGAGUAGCGGUGGUACGCCCAUCGCGAACCCUGGGGGUAUCCCCUCCUCGGUCCCUGGCCACGUUCAGCUGCAGCGAUCUGUUGAUAUCCCUGAUCGACCUCCACUUCGACCUUCCCCUAGUGAAGACACGGGGAGUGAUGCCACCAGUUCUCCUCCACCUAAUACACCAACCCAUCGACCACGGCUAGAAAAUCAUGGCUCAUUUUCAUUCUCUGCUGAUAGCUCAGGUAACUCUGAUUCUGGUGAAGGAUCUCAGGGGGCACAAAAGAAGGGUCAACCCGUUGAGUCUCCACCUACAGCUGAUUUGGACAGAUCUGGUGAUAAGGUGUAUGAAGCCACUGUGAGUGUGGUCAAGGCAGUCACUGACAUGAGUAAGGGGGUGCACCUUGCUAGGGCAAGCAGUUACGUCGAUUUAGUCAAGAAAGUUGGGUUGGAGUUGCGAGUUUUGUUGGCGAGUGUUGAUGCACAUAUACAUGAGUUACCACAGGAGAAUCAUCAUGAGAUCACCAUGGCCCACAAGGUGCUGAGUUCCGACAUGGCCGAACUCAUCAAUGCAAUGAAACUCGCCCAACAGUAUAGCACAACAACUUUAGACAUGGAAUACCGACGUGGAAUGCUAAAAGCUGCACAUGUACUUGCUGUGGAUUCUAAAAACCUUCUGGAUACGGUAGACAAGGCACGUAUUGGGACCCGACUUAACGACUCCUCUAGCUGACGGCCACCGUGAUGGACUAUUUUACUGCCUGUUAGUUGAGACACAGUCAUUAUGGGGAUAAUUUCGUACUUGUUAGAGACAUUCUUUGUAUAUUUUAUAAAUAUCUGAUUUAAAUAGCUAUUUUAUAAAAGCUUGGUAGAAUUUCUUUCAAGAUGUAGAUCAGCAAGGGAGGCAUUUAUCAUUGUUCAAGGUACAACUUUGGAGAAGGUCAGUCCAAGACAACUUGAACAAACGUGUUAUGCAGAGGUGAUUUGGGGAAUGUUCUUUUCGAAAAUUGGUGCAAUCUCAUAUUCAGUAUGGCAGCCAUUUUGAAUAUGGUUUUCAUUGAGCUCGGGGCGAACACCUCAUCUCGUCGAGCCAAUUUUUCUUGAGUGUGUUGAAAGUGAUCAGGUGAUGGUUCUUUCAAGAUUCCCACGAUUUAUGGCGACCAGUUAUCUGUAGACCUUCCCUAGACUAGUUAUCAUCACCCGAGUCGCUUCCUACAAAUCUGAUGUAACAUUUCUGACUGCUUAUAUAUUGUUAAUGACUGAUUUGCAAAGAAGUCCCUUCUUAGGGUGCGUGACAUUUCCAUGGAGAUUGUUAGUGAUGUCUUAAAAUAAUGUUGAGUGAAAUGCACUGGUUUAGCAAUUUUGACAAAAGAUGUGAUCAUCGUAACAUAAGCUACUGAGAGUAAUUAUUUUGAUAGCAAUACCAUGCUUUUGGAAUAUAAUUCGAUUCAGAACUUCUCGACUCUGUAAAUAUGUAAACUAUUUUUUGUAUGAAAUGGACUAUUUUUUUGUUUAUUUGAAGUGGUGUUUUUGCUGUGAGCAUGUUUUUGUUUUAACUAUUCUCGCCCGUGAAACAUUUGAAGAGGAAGGUGUCAUGGGGAAUGAUUCAGGUAGGCUUUCAUCAGUGUUUAUGAAUCUUGUUCUAGCACACCAGUUAUUUCCUGAUUCUUUCAUGAUAAACACUUUCUAAAAUUGAGUUGCGCUGCUGUCUGUGGAUUAAAAUGACAGUUGAAAAUUGUUAAAUUUCAAACCUCAAGCGAAAAUCCAUGAAUCUGAUUGGUUGAUUAAGGUUACGUGAGUGGGCAACAUUUCGAUAUGUUGUUUCAUUGGCCCCACAAAUGCAAUGCAACACCUUUGGCCACCUUAUAAGAGAAAGUUAUUUUCGUGGGCAUCAUUUCGAUAUGUUUUUUCCUUGGCCCCACAAAUGCAUGAUGUAACACCUUUGGCCACCUUAUAAGAGAAGAUUAUUUUAUCGGGCUUGAUGGGUAUAGAUUCGGUAUAUAUAAAAAAUAUAAAAAAUGGUGCCCUUGUUUGUCGGGCGAUAUACCGAAAUGUCAUCCCGAGGAAACAUUGUUGACAGAGGCGGCUCUCCAUUGCGGGCUCCAUUUUUAUAAUGAAACAUGCCAUGCCAAGUUUGUUGUUACAGACGUCUGGCUGUCGUGGAAAAACAACACAUUAAUCUAUGAUGAGUCUUGUGGGCGUGCUUUGACCCAUCCACUUAUUUGCCAGCUGUAAUUCUUACAGGGUCGGUGAUUUACAAAAGUUUCCCCUUGACAGUGUUGGUAAAAUGCACAAAUUUUGGAAAAUAUAACAUAUAUGCUUAAGAAAUGUACUUAAAUACAAGCUGCAGAAAAUUCAAAUCAUCUGUGACUAUCUUUGCCAGCUCACUUAUACAAGGUGAUUUAUAAAAUUUAGCCAAUACAUGUACAAAUUGGGGAUCAUAAAAUCCUCAAAUUGUUGUAUUUUCAAAAGACGGUUCUGGAUAUGGAGAUACAAAAGAACUUCUCUAUUAAGGACAUCCGUGGGACUGAUAGAAUGCUGUUCUCAAUUGAGAGGUGUCUUAAUAACAGAGGUAAAGUUUAAUAGAAAUGAUCAAUCUGGGACCAAAUCCAGUGUCCCAAAUAGAGCGGGUGUCCUUAGUAGACCAUGCAUCUGUUAUGUAUAACAUUAUGAUUAUAAAAAAUAUUUAUAAUGUUUUCUCAAAAUUUAUAUCCUCAUCGAAACAAAUUGUAUCAAUUAUUUAUUUAAUAAAAGAUUGCAUUAUUUCUCAAAUAUGGGGUCUAUUUUAAAUUAACCUUAAUAAAUAUGAACAUUCUAGUGUCAGUUGAAAUAUUUCAUGUUUAGUGAUGAAUAUAUUGCCAAAUUGAUAAUGAUCAUUUCUAUUCUGAAUAAUUAAUUUUUGAAACAAAACAUAUUGCACUGUUACUUUGUGAUAGGCCUACCCCAGAUUAGGGCCAUACAUGUGUAUGAUUUAGUGAGUGAAUUGAAAUGAGUUGAACCUGAGCUUGCAGUGGAUGCUCGAUGGCCUACUUCCCUAAUUUCAUUGAUACCUGGGAAGCGACUAUAGCAAAAGUACAUAAGGACUGUUACUUGCUAGACCCCCCUUCCCUUCUGAGAAACUAAAAAGGGCAACUUUUAGCCUCUGCUAUGGACUUGAAAAAAGUCAUUUUGUCUGUUUUUGAAUGAGGCCACUUGGCAGUAUGACCAGCUUGCGAGAGAAUGUUCAUCUCUACAAAUUUGCUGGCUCACCACCAAAGCUUACACAAUGUACCAACACCACCGAUAUCUUGAUGUCAUUACUUUUGUCGGACGUAUGUCAGGAUGUCUUGAUAUGAAGCAUCAUGACAUCGCCGAAAUGACUGUUUCCAACAGACGUUGUCAUGAGGUAUACUAACUGAGUUCUGUGUGCACACGCAAGGCCUCUAGAUUCAUUAUGCAUUUUCCCCUUCGUGAAAUUUUUGAAACACUGACCGCUUUAAAUAGAACCAAAGCUGUGGGUCUUAAAGAGUGUUCAAUGUUAAAUAAGGGUCUCUUUGAUUUCAAAAAAUAUAAAUUGCCAAACAAUUUGCAGUGAAUUUAUAAUUGGAGUUCAAAUGUGGGAAAGGUGCUGUUUUGGUGGGGAAGUCCCGCAGUUGGCCCUAUGUUCAUGAUAUAUAUGUCUGCAAAUUAUUGCUAACCUGCAUCUUAUCAGAUGGUGACAUGUCAUGUUACCUCCAAUCAUGAGUUUGGCUUUGUGUCGUCCGAGAUGAAUCGGAAACUAUUGUUAUAAAAGAUGUAAUCUCAGUUGAAAUGGACACAGUGCCAUAUUACAUGUUGCCCAGUGCUGAGGCGAAAAAAUUUUUAUGUCUUGUUUUAUAGUGAACCCUCCGACAUGAAAAAGUGCCAAUUUCAAAGAAUUUUAAAAAAAAAGGAAUUUCCCGAACACCGUCUGAAAAAACUGCUAAUUUCAUGAAAAAUUGGUAUUUUUAUGAAUUUCCAAAAAAAAUUUCUUUAUUUUUAUUCCGCCCUCCUCUACACCAUGUUUUGUGCAUAAACAAGACCCCUAAUUGAGGCAAGACAUAAAGAGAUCGAUGCAUUUAAGACUUUUCAGAACAAAAUUUGAUUAAAAAAAUGAAUUUUUAUUUUUUCCUCAGCCCAAACAUUUUGGCUUACCCGUUUUGUAAAAGUGAUAUCUAGGCAAAAAAUAAAGAUUUAUUUCUAUUUUUUCCCGACCUCCUCUGAAGGUCUUUCUGAACAUUAGUUCGCUUAACAAGGCAUUUAAAAAAUCUCGCCUAAGACAGGUGAUUUUUCUUUGAAUUGUAUGCCUGGUAAUAUAUGUUGAAUCCUUCAUGCAUCCUCCGUGGUAUGAUAACAACAUGAGUCUGUAUAGCAUUAGUUUAAGCAUUGAGUUAACCCAGUGCAUUUAGUUUCAAAGCUAAUUUCCUUAUAUUUGUACAUUACUGGAGGUCUGGUUCGACUUAUUUAGAAUGCACGUCACCUCCAGGUCUUAAAUGUUACUUAAUGUUACCCUGUUAUGGAUGUGAACUUGAGAGGUGUUUAUAUUCUAUUGUUAGUGGUGUUUUUCUCUGAAAGGACAUCUUCCCUGGCUAUGCAAGGUGUCUGCUGAAAUUGUACAGAAUAAUUAUUCAAUCACUUUUGUUAUUGAACGACGUGAACUAAACAUGUAUGUGUUAUAUUCGGGGAAGGAAUAAAUCAUGAAAUUGUAAA